AUGCACCUCCAGAAUUUGUUGGCAGGCGGCAUCGCCUUUGCCUUGACCGUCUUUCUGGAGGGUGACACGGCGCCCCAGGUAGUCCAGAAGCCAGGAUGGGAUCUCGGCUUCGAGGUGUCCGGGGCCUUGCUGGCUUUGCUGCCUGGCGGCCCGCCGGCGGCGCCUGGGGCGGCCCUUCGGCCGCUCGGCCCCGGGGCGACUCCCCUGCAGGAGAGCGUCCCGAGCUUGUUCGCCUGCGCGAGGGACAUGCUGCGGGGCGCCGCGCCGCCGCCGCCGGACAUGCCUCCACCGCCGGAACCCGAGGCGCCAAAGCGGCUGCUCGCCCCUGCCUCCGAGAGGGACCCACACGCGGGGACGCCGCCUCGCAGGCACCGGAUAUCACCCUCCACCUCCUUCCUGAUGCUGAAGCUCACGAAGGAGCAGGCGGCGCGCGUGAUGAGCACGGUGAACCUGCAGCUGCUCGGCAGAGACCCGGGCGAGAUCGGCGACCAGGAGGCCGAGGAGGCCUGUUCUGCCCAGCUGAAGGAGCUCGGGAUACGCACGACAUCCGGCGGCGGCGCCUGGACCAGCAUAGAGCGUAGCGGCUCUCCGCUGCAAGUUCGGGCGCCUGCCAAGGCCAAGGCCGCCGACGGCGCGCCGCCGCCGCCGCCGGAGGAUGGCGGCCUGGGCGCCCUGCCCGACGUCGACGGGCUGCUGGGCCCCGGCCUUGGUGCCCUGCUGCCGAAGGUGGCGGGCGAGGGCGAGGAGGACACCGACGUCGCGGAGAACAGCGGCGCGGAGGGCUCGAAGCAGCCCAAGGUGGGGCGUUUGCGGACGCAUGCCAAGGCGGAGGUCGGCGCCGACCUCAUGGACGCCGCGGGGGGCGCGCGCGUGUUCGUCAAGAACCUGGACAAGAGCACCGGGGAGCGGGAGCUGCGCGAGCUGUUCGGCAAGCACGGCACCGUGACCGAGGUCAAGAUCCCGCGCGAGAAGGACCGCGACGAGGGCUGG